AUGCCCAACAACAACAAAGGAGGCUACAAGCCGUUUCGUUGCGUUGCAGGCAACGAGUGGAAGCCCUGGGACAUGUUCUCCAAGGCCCAACAGAGACAAACCCGCUUCUUGAUGGACUCUGGCAGAGAGAUUAACCCUGGGAAUACCGGAAUGGUCUGCAAGGAACAUAGUUCAACUCCAGUUUUGGAGCAUGAUUGCGCCGCCUGCCACCGAAGACUCCCAUAUGCUGCCUUCUCCAAGGCUCAGCGCAGAGUUGAGGAUUGGCGAUGUACCCAAUGUGUCGCAUGGGAUGUAGUCGCGGAGCCCUCGGUGAUUCCGAUACCCAAAGCAACGGGCCAUAUCUCCGUAGAGGAAGAAGACAUGAUGAGUCGAGGUUAUCAUGCGCCUGUUGAGGUUGCUGAAUUCUUUGAGGAAGAUGAUCUCCCCGGAGCACCAAUCACUUCACCUGAAUCCCUUGGCUUAGACCCAAACAACGAAAAUGACAACAAGAUCUUCAACGAAGUCGUUCGAGGCUCAUCUCAGGCGGUUCACUCCUCCACGACUCAAACUUAUGCGUCCACAACAUCCAGUGUGGCUGGCGACAACAUGUCAACAACUUCUAGCCGUGCUACACUUCCCCCUCAUCUCCAAAAUUUGCUGCCAGAGCGUUUCGCAGGCAUGUCUAUUGAUGAAGAUUCUGUAUCCUCGAACCCAAAGGUUGUUCUUCCGCAAGUGUCUCAAAUGGCAAGUGAUUUACCUCCUCAUCUUCGCGGCCUGAAAAUAGUCCAGCGAACUGCCACCUCAAGCACCACAGGUAGUGUUUCGACUGCAACAACCCUCCGUAAAGACAAGGAGGAGGAGGCUGCCGCCAGCAAGAUCACCUUCAACGCUUGGGAUGCUAUGGGCCAGAGACACGCUGCGUCCAAGAACCCCACCGUCAUGUCCAGCUCAGCAUCUGAAGUAUCAACUACUGAAGACAGCGACCAGGGGGCUAAACUCGCCGACGGCUGGGACGACAUCCCUCCCAUGAAGGAGGUCUCAACCCGAUGUGAGGACAAGUGGGGAGAUGGAAAGAAAAAUCGUCUCCCACAGGCCGGCAACAAAUGGCAGAAGAAGAACGAUCGCUACUUCCCUCAGCCUAGCAUCAUGGAUCAAGCUGAGGGCUCAUCCAGGCGCCAGCGAACGAGCCACUCCACCAAGAGUCGCAACAUGUUUGACGCCCUGAGCAAGUAG